GAUGCUUACACUAACACACACCAACCACAGAUAAAAGGGAUAAGCUUUAGACAGCCUGCCGUUGCCAGGAAGCAUAGCAAUGGAGACCAAUAUCCUUCCAUUCCUUCCUUCAAAAUCACCUCCAAUAACCAUCCCCAUCCACUCAAACCUUUCAAUACUAACACCACCACCAGCAACAACCAGAAUACAGAAUCAGCUUUGCUUCCUUCGCCGGCAACGAUCUUUGAGGCUUAAUGCAACCAACAGCACCAGCAGUGAUGAGACACCACCAGCAGCUCAACCACCGACCAUCACUCCACCAGACACAGUGGAAAUCAGGUUUAAAAGAGGGUCAAGGAGGCGAACCAGAAUGCAGAAAGGGGAUGGUGGUGUUGGCGUUUCACAACCUGUAAAGGCGCAAGCUUCAGCCCCGAAGAAGUGGGAAGAUAUGAGCCUUUCAGAAAAGGCUAUUGAACUCUACGUGGGAGAGAAGGGUAUGCUGUUUUGGCUCAACAAAUUUGCUUAUGCUUCCAUUUUCAUUGUGAUUGGAGGUUGGAUACUUUUCCGGUUUGUAGGGCCUUCUCUCAAUCUUUACCAGUUGGACACCGCUCCUCUUUCCCCUUCCUCCAUACUCAAGGGCUCAUAAUCAAGAUACCAUUCCAUGAACGAAAAGCGGGAGUGCUCCUUUUGCUCUGGUUUGUAGAGGUUCUUUUGUUGUGAAUCGAAUAUGUAAUCAGUAAUCACAUUACAUUAAUAAAGCAUAAAUUUACUCCAUCCAGUUUCAA